GCAAAACAAAGCACUGUAGCUAGCUACUUAGUAUUCGUCGCGAGCUUGAGAUUCGUGUCCUUUUUGGCGUGUUCCCGAAGAAUACUAACGCUCUGGUUUCGUGCUCAUUCUCUCUGCCCGGUGUAACAGCCGAUUAAAUUCACGUCGCAGCAGCUAAAACAGAAAAAUCCUUCGGAACGGUCAGUCAUCUUUCGGAAACGGGACUCGCGUGAGCUUUGAGUUGAUCUUCUGCGGGACCGGUUUCGGUAUUGCCGUGAGAAUUCUUAUGGAUAGAUAGUCUGCCAUACUUGGCUGAUAAAUAUUGUCUAGGGAGGUGAACUUUUCUUCCCGGUGGUGAUCCGGCGUUGUCGGUUCUUCGCGUUUCGUGUGCGUGCGGUAAAAAUAGAAGACACCAUCGUCCUCCACACCUCCGUCGUGUUGUGCUGUGUUGUGUUGUGUGUUGUUUUUCUUGACGAAGAGAAGAGGUGUGACAGGAAGUUUCAAAAUUCCAAUGUGCUUUUGCUCCGGUUUUGCCGCGACUGAAUCCGAGAUUAGUGAUCUAAAGUGAUAAAAUUUGUUGAUAUCUGUUAAAGCGGUGCACUGCCGAGAGGGUUUGUGAGUGUGUUUUUGGGCAAACCGAAAAAUUGUUCCUUAUAUCUGGUGAAAGAAUUGAUUCUGUUUCAAUCGUAUUGUAGUGUGGAAGAAAAAUAUCGUUCCAAUUGGAGUCUAGCGGUGAAAGUUAUCCAAUCCGUUUGAUGCCUAUUUAGUGUGUAAAACAUCAAGAGCAGGUUGAGGAAAAAUUUGUUCCGAAAAUAAAAAAUAAAGGCCAUCAUCAAAUCAUUUGCUGAUUGCUUUUGGAGCGGAGCAAAGUGCGUGGUUUCUUGUGUUCGUUAGUAUUCAUUAGCCGUACCUUACGUGUUGUACAAGUGGACGAAAAUGGCGCCGGGUGUCUGCAUUCGCCAAUGUCAGAUGUUGCUGAAGCUCGACCUGUCCCGUUGUGGAUUAAAAACAUUCGUCGCCAGCUACCAUCAAGCUCGGCUGCAACCGCCGCAACGACAUCAUCAUCAUCAGCAGCAGCAGCAGGCUCCGUUCCGAAUCAUAUUGCCAACGGAUCCUUGGUAUCGAAUAGAAAAAGGAUAUUGCACCAGCAGCACAGUAGGACAACAAAGUACCAGCAGUGAUAGUAGUCAAGACGUGACCGUAAAGUACGUUAGAGGCCUCCCGCACAUCACCGUUCCACUGCCCAGCCGCAACGAGCGCUGCCAGUUUACGUUACGACCGGUGACGCACAGCGUCGGCAAUUUCCUAGAAAUGUUGAAGGUGGAGGACCGCGGUGUGGACCGGGCGGCGGUGCUGAACCGAGACGGGAUCCGGAUAGCGGCUUCCUGCUCGAUCGAAACACUGAUGGAGGAUGAGUUCUGGUUGCACAUAAACGACAGACAAUACUACGUAAAACCACCGAAACGAGAAAAAAUUACCUCAGAAGAACUCACCAGGCUAGGCGACGUGCAGGCCCUGGUGGCACAGCUUUACGAAGUUUUAAAUGUUAGUGAGCAUCAAAUUAGGAAAGAACGAGAUCUAACGAGCAAACUGGAGGAGCUUAACGAAAAACUAGGGCCACUUGAAAUUAAAAAAAGUGAACUCGACCAGAAAGCUGCCCGAAGAACAAGUGCUCUGACUUGGAUUGGCCUAGGUCUAAUGUCGGUACAAUUCGGUGUUCUAGCACGAUUAACCUGGUGGGAAUACUCCUGGGACAUUAUGGAGCCGGUAACGUACUUUGUCACGUAUGGCACGGCAAUGGCUGCUUACGCUUACUUCGUGCUGACCAAACAGGAAUACAUCCUACCGGAUGUUAAAGACCGUCAGCAUCUGAUCACUCUCCACAAGUCGGCAAGGAAGGCCGGCGUCAAUAUAGCCGAGUACAACGACAUCAAGCGACAGAUUGCCGAAAUCGAACACGAUCUGCGGCGGCUCCGAGACCCCCUGUACAUGCAUCUACCAGCGCCACCUCCGAAGACACCGACCUACAGUGCCACCGAAAUUGCUACGUCGAAAAAGAUGCUGCAGGAAGCAUUGGAGAACGCCAAAGGUUCCGUUGACAAGCAGGCGGUUUCAAAAAUCAGUUCCCUCCUCGAAGGAACCGGGAAUCCCUUCAGGAGUAAGAAAUAAGAGUUCCUGAACCGCUGUCGGCCUUCGUCUGACGCCCCUCUGGUCCGUUUUCCCUGCGCGUUAGUGUUUCCGUUUUUCCUCUCAGAACAGUUUUCCGUAUGUUACCGUUAGUUGUACGAGUUUCAACAUGUUAAAGUUUUCCUCCCUUCCUAUUUAAAAACAAAAACCUUUUUCACGCUCUCCUCUAUCUUCCGGUUUAAAAACAAAAAAAGAAAUGAAAACACCCGACUAAUAAUGUGACGAAUCAAUUUUUUGCGAUCAAAUUAUUGACAAGAAAAUAGGCACAAACAACCGAAUGCAACGCAAUGAUCACAAUCACCAACCCAGCUAGAACCGUUAAGACGUAAUUUCAAUCAAUCUAUUUCGAAUAGAAGCAGUUAUAAAACUAAUAAUUACAAGACAAACGUAACGCAUAAGCACAACCUUAAGAAGGUAGGAAAAUCGAAAAUCAUUAUAUAUUGUCGUCUGCAGUUGCGGCAGUACCUUACUACUGUUUCAGACUAUAUGCAUAACAAAAAAAAAAAAUUCAGAUAAAAUGAUACCCAAGAGUGGUGCCGAUAGGAGAAAUCUAAGAAAAAGGAGCAUAGUUUAGUUAGCUAACUUUAAUUUUUUUUUCGAGCAAAUGGAAAAAGACUAACACAGACCAAAUGCAAGUGUUUUCCUGUUUUUUGGUUUUCGAAAUUGUUGACGCAUUAGCUAGCUAGCGGCUUGUUAGGUAGAGCGAAAUAACGUGAAAAAUUACAAUUGGAUUAUUUGUAGUGUGCAACAAGAACAAAGAAGAAAAAAAAACAUCAACCACCGUUAAGUAUAGAUUCAAACGUGCUUCCAUUAAGUAAUGCUUUUUUUCUCAGUGGGCAAAGCAUAGUUCUAUUUUCGUGUGUGAACUUUCACCAUGCAAAAGAGUGCACUAUUUGGAAUUGUGAAAUGAUAAAUUACAGAAGUUUUUUUGCUGCGUGUAGCAUGUAAUUUAUGAGAACGGGCAGCUAACGCUGCCAUUGGUGGUUCAUGUCUGCGCUAUCACUGCAAACGCUCAUAUAUUGCGUGUGUACCCACUUUGGGAUUGCUUCACUGGUCAAAUUAUUGCAGUUUGACUGCAUGUUGCCGAAAAAAAUAGGAAGGCUUAAGCCUAUUUAUGUAUUGUGGGGCAAAAACGAGUCCGCAGGUUUCCCUACAUUUUUCAGUUUCCGAUUUAGUUGAAAUAUUCGAGUAAAUUUUUCCAUUGUUUGGUAUAACGACAUAAUUGAGCUUAAGUUUCUUAAGUUUAUGUUCUCAUCUUCGUUUUGAUGUUAUUUCGAGAAGUCUCGUAAGGAUAAAUAGUGAUGCAACAACGUUAUAAAAUGCAUAGGAGAUUUUGAUAAUUUACUUUUUUCAUAAAACGGUUUUUGGAGUUAUUCGCCGCCUUUUUGAAGCGAAGGUCAAAUAGCUAAAUCGCACAAAAUUUUUAAGGGAACAGUUUCAAAAUUAGAAUCUGAAAAUAUGAUUACCACGUCAUGUCGAGUAUUCUAAUUUGGCAGCUCAUGUGUGAAUUCUUUUACAACUUGAAUAUUUUCAUAUUGUGCCUCUAUUAUAAAUUUCGAUCAGGAGCACUCCAAAUGGCUAUUGUGCAAUGAAACGUCUAUUGUUAAUUCUGAGUUCUAAUAUACUUGCAGCUUAAAUAUUUUCACAAUGUGCCUCUAUUAUAAAAUUUCGCUCAGAAGCAAAGCAAAAGUCUAUUGUGAAUUCAGAUCUAACAUUAUCUUUCAAUUAUGUGUCAUCAGUGCCUCUAUACCGUCAUCAGUAUUGCAGAAUGAAAACCAAUCAAAAACUAAGACGGAAUUUGCAGAUAUAAUUUCGAAACGUGAAGAAUGCACAGCUAUAUGAGAACGAUAUCAACACGUCUGCCCUGGCAUGAGGUAAUUUUUUUUAUUUUAUUGCAUCAUCCAAAACGAUCGUUCAUCGUCGCUUUAAUUGUCUGAUAUGAAAAGGAUGAAUGAUAUAUUAACGGACUAACUUUGAAAGCCAGAGCCAGUCGUUCUGUUCGUAAUGCCUCUUCAUAGAAAGCAGUGAUCGUAAAUUAGUGAAUUUUGGACAGUGAAAUUCUUUACUAAUUACUGUUUUGAAACCUACAAUUUAUAUCCUACCUAAAUUUAUAUCCUAAUUAUGAAGACAACAAAAUUGAUGUCCUGAUAGUAAAGAAGCAAAAUCGAAAAGUGUGCGCUUCAGGGUGUAGUAUAUUUUUAGAUUGUUAGUUGUGUGCAAAUCGUCGUCACAGCACGUAAAUUCAGAAAGACCACGGGAAAAUCCUACUUUACAAAGUAAAUCUUUAAUAUUGGUUCUGCCUCCAUGAUUCUCCGAAGGAUUGAAACUAUCGAGCCUUUGGCAUCCCUAUAUAGAGUAACAGUGAAUGACAAUGAACUCAUGUCCUGGGCUCAAAUUAAUUUGUGCCCGCUGUCAGCAGUAAGAUAAAGAUGUAUGAAAAGAAGCGGUGAAAUGCUAUCUAGUUUACACAUAUCUUGAGAUGUUAGCCCUUGAAACAUAACGUGAUGCCAAAGGGGUGGAAACUAUCAUCAUUUGUAAGGUGAAUUAUCGAUUUUCUCCACCUUUCGAACAUUUUUCCUAGAGAAAUUUGUUAUUCUUUAACCGAAAAUGCUAUGAAUAUGUUGAAUAUACUAUCGAAUAUAAUUACAUGACUCAUGAUUAAAACUUCGGAAACCUAGAUUUUUGAAAAAAAAUACGAUGGGAAAUAUAUUUUGAAUUUCAAUAAUUAUUUAUGCUAAACGGCUCAAAACUCUGGUUUGUUCAUUUUUUUAUAAAAACAUUAAGAAACUUGUAGCACAAACGAAAUUGUUGCACACAACAUUCGUAAUAAAAUUUGAUCAAAUCUUCAUUUACUAUGGAUUUAAACCGUUGUUUUUCCGUUUCGUUUAUGAACUAGAAUCUCAUUGAAUUGUCCGGGGUUUUUUUUUCUCAGUUCAUCAAUGUAACCAUCCCAGUUGUUUGCAAUCUAGCGGUAAUCGUGUACAUUCGGAUUGUUAAUAGUUCAUACGCAUUAUUUAACCUUAAUUUUAGCUAGGCCCAGUGUACUAAUACGUGUGUAUCGUUUUCGUUACAUUUUUUCUCUAUUUCUAGCAUUGUCUCGACAAUAAAUUAUUUUCUUCAUUUAUUUUAUUUA